AUGCUUCCCAUGCAAGUCAGUAGUCCACGGUUGGCAAAUAGUCCACCGGGCGGCAGCACUGCAUUGGCCUUCAAGUGGCCCACAGUUUUCCCUGUACCGUCUGGUCUCCUCCUCUCAGUCAACUCGCAGCCCGCCUGUGCUGGACAACACUACUUUGCAGCUAUGCAGAAACAACUGAAGCAGUCCCGCCUGAGAGGCGAACAUGUGGCCGGUCACGUCUAUUUGUACGUCGAUCAGCCCACCCUUCUGGCCUUCUGGAGGCUAGCCUCGCUAUGCAUUCACACUGAGUGGGAUUCGAUACUACAAGUAUUCACACUAGUUCACCUAAAGGGAUAA